CCUCCCCACUGAUGAGUAGGGUUGCCACCUGGCCCGUAUCUCACUGGCCAAACAGGUAUUUUAGUGCCCCUGCCAAUGCUGGUAAUUUUUUUCUCCCGGCAAUAAUAAUAUUUUUCCAUAUGGAUUGUUACUAAUGAACGUUUCCAUUGUGGAGCGCUCAUUAGUACAGCCUUUACCUACUGCCUCCACUUGUGUUAAGAAGAAGAAUGGAGACAUUACUAUUACUUAUUAAUUCUGUGGGGCACUAAUGGUGGUAUUAUUAAUUCUGGGGGGCACUAAUGGGGGCAUUAUUAAUUCUGGAGGGUACUAAUGGUGGGCAUUAUCCAUUCUGGGGGCACUAAUGGAGGCAUUAAUAUUACUGGGCAGCACUAAUGGUGACACUAUUUAUACUGGAAGCCACAUUAUGACAUAUCAACUUAACAACCGUGUUAAGCCAUGCCCCCACAACCACAAUCUCUUUGGGGUAUGUCUUAACUUGGCCAAUAUUUUUGUUGGGAAAGGUUGCAACACUACUGAUGAGGUGUCAUCUCGGCAAGGACGGGGCAAAAGAGCUGAAGAGGACAACAAGACUUCCAAGGAUUGACGGGACACUCGUGUGGAUUGUGUAGUGACGCCAUGUCAGAUGAAACUUCGAUUCCACAUAUUGAUUUUUCACCUGCAACAGAAGAAGACUAUGAAGAACUGCUGUCUAUCUCUAGUGGGUUAUUCUACGGAUUGGACUAUCUGCCUUUCUGGUACCAUUCAUGGCUGAAGGAACCCAAUAGAAGAAUGAUUGUGGCCAAAUGUGAAGGGAAAGUGGCUGUGAUCUCUGUGUUCCUUCCUGCUGACCAGUUGGAAACAACAAUCAAAGUAUUGGAGUCUCGAGUGAAUAAUUUGGUGAAUAAUUUGGACAGAAUCAAAAACCUAUCUGUUCUGGGACCAGAGGAAAUCCUCAGUUUCUUUGAGGAGUCUAAGACAAGACAACAACUGCUUCCUAGUGGAUUGCUAGUUCAGAACUGGCUUCCUCUUACCACUCAUAAGUCCAACCUAAAUCUUCUAAUGAAAGAACAGAUUGUCUGGAUUUAUUCACACCCUGGAGAGUCACAUGACUCAAAAUCUUCUUCAGAGGUCACAACCAGCUGUGAUGGCUCCCAUGCAUAUCUUCAAGGGUUUCUUAGCAUUGGUUCCCGUCCAUAUCCAGUACCUUUUGCAGAGGAAGCACACUGCUUUCAUAUUGACAUGUUUGGAAAUGACCCAUCUUGUGCCAAGGUCCAUGUUCUAGAGCAGUUGAACAGAGUACAUACAUUGCCGGCAGGGAGUAGUAUAAUUCUUAUCCUAUAUGCAGAUGAGAGUCUCAGGUCUGAGCUUAGCCAAUUGUGUGAAGGUUUGACUCCAUUCCAUAUCAUGAGGGAACAGUUGAUAAUAGAAUCAGAGCUGCAUGGUUGACUGGAUUACAUUUUCCUGCCUUAGUAAGGUCCUAUUUUGCCUUAAGAAAUAUCAGUCAUUUAUCGCAAUAGUUACAAUUAAAAUGCUGUGUUACAUGCUUUGGAAAGCAUUGAUUCCAAUUAAUCUGUUUACCCAUUCCUUUAAUUAAAGUGUAUGGAUACUUUUGCAACCUAGU